ACUCAGACAUCGUCUAAAAAUGUCAAAAUAUUUGGUUCCCGUUUGUGCUUCUAUUUCGCUGGUUGCCGUUUUUGGCGCCCUUGUCGCCAUGCAUUCCAUUGUUGUCGAUAUUGACACGAUGAGAGAAGAAAUUGUAACUGGAGUCCAUGACAUGAAGGUGAUGUCUGAUGAUGCAUGGAAUCGUAUGAUUGGAUUCACCAAGCCAUCUCUUGAUUCUGAAUCCCGCAGUGCCGCUUUCGCCAGCGUUUUCCGUAACAAGCGUUCUGCUUAUCCAUCUCAAUGUAAUUGUGAUGCCAACUCUCAAGGAUGCCCACCAGGACCACCAGGACCACCAGGACUUCCAGGAGGACGUGGAGAUCAAGGACCAUCUGGAGAUAAGGGACGUGAUGGAGCUUCUGGAGUAUCUCUGGCUGUUACCCAUCAUCUUCCAGGAGGAUGCAUUCAAUGCCCACAAGGACCACCAGGAGAAACUGGACCAGACGGAGAUAUUGGAGAGCCAGGAUUCCCAGGAGCAUCUGGAUCUGCAGGACAAUGUGGAGAAGAUGGAGCUCCAGGAGAGGCCGGAAUCACUGGAGAACAAGGACCACAAGGAGAGCCAGGAACUGAAGGAUCUGAAGGACCAACUGGACAAGAUGGAACUAUUGGAGGACCAGGACUUCCAGGACAACCAGGAACUCCAGGAUGGCCAGGAUCUCAAGGAGAACCAGGAAAGAACGGAGAUUCUGGAGUUGAUGGAGAGCAAGGACCACAAGGACCACAGGGACCAGAUGGACAACCAGGACGUGAUGCUGAUAAUGGACAACCAGGAUUGCCAGGAAAGGAUGGAUCUAUUGGACCAGAUGCUAACUAUUGCCCAUGCCCAGCUAGAGCCAAGAAGCACUAAAUUAUUUUAUUUUGAUUUAAUUUCAAAUAAAAUCUUAUAUUUC